AUGAUGACAUACUACACAGGGAACCAACCCGGCGACAACCCCGGCAACCUACCAUCCCCGUACUACUGGUGGGAAGCGGGCGCAAUGUUUGGAGCCCUGGUCGACUACUGGGCCUACACAGGCGACAGCACAUGGAACGACAUGACCACACAAGCGCUGCUCUGGCAAGCCAGCCCCGACGCCGACUUCAUGCCACAAAACCAGACCAUGACUGAGGGCAACGACGACCAGUCCUUCUGGGCCAUGGCAGCAUUAUCUGCCGCAGAGCGCAACUUCCCCAACCCGCCGGCCAACAAGCCGCAAUGGCUGGCAUUGGCGCAGGCUGCGUUCAACUCGCAAGCCGCGAGAUGGGAUGAUAGCUCGUGUCAAGGGGGUCUUCGGUGGCAGAUUUUCACCUGGAAUAACGGAUUUGACUAUAAGAAUACCAUUUCGAAUGGCUGUUUCUUCAAUAUUGCCGCCAGAUUGGCAAAGUAUACUGAUAACCAGACGUAUGCCGAUUGGGCUGAAAAGACCUGGAAGUGGACUGUGGAUGUUGGCUACCUGACGAGUGAAUAUCGCUUCUGGGACGGGGCUAAUAUUGCCACCAACUGCUCGAAUUACAACAAGAUUGAAUGGACUUAUAACUCUGGGGUAUAUCUGCUCGGGGCGGCCAAUAUGUAUAACUUUACCAAUGGCAGUGAAAUCUGGCGUGAGCGCACACUUCAAAUUCUCAACGCAACAAGCGUGUUUUUCAGCAACGACCCGGAAAACGUCAUGUAUGAGCGUGCCUGUGAACCCAUAAACACAUGCAAAGUCGACCAGAGGUCAUUCAAAGCCUACUUGUCUCGCUGGAUGGCGGAAACGACCCAAAUAGCACCCUUUACUUACGACAUCAUCAUUCCACGAUUGCGCGCAUCAGCUCUCGCUGCCGCUAAAACCUGUACAGGAGGGCCGAAUGGUACCAGUUGCGGGCUCAAGUGGACCGACCAGAAAUGGGAUGGGAGUUUGGGAGUGGGCGAGCAGAUGAGUGUGCUGGAAGUGCUGCAGAGUAAUCUGGCUCGUGACGUUGAUGCGCCUGUCACGGAUGCCAACGGUGGUACAAGUAUGGGCAAUCCUGCUGCUGGGGGAUCCAAGACUGGUGGUACUAUGCCUCCAGAAAAGACGUCAGGUAUGGGAACCCGUAAUAUGACUGUUGUAGAUAAGGCUGGAGCCGGAAUCUUGACGACUUUGUUUUUGGCUGGUGUUGUGGGCUGCACAAGUUGGAUGAUUUAUGAGACUUGA